UUGAAACCGAUACUGAGGAAUACGGGAGAGUAUGGAGCUAUUCUUCCUGCUUUCUCCUGCUCCAGCAUUUCUCUUGUCCUCCUCAACCUCCACUAAAAGUCGUACGAAGAGCCCUUCUUUCUUCACAGGUAGUAGUACAUACAGAAGAAAUAGGAUGGAUGUGUUCUGCAUGCUUUCGCCUUAUUCAGUGGCUCACUUGCCUUCAUCUUCGGCAUUGAAAAGCACCCGCAUGGAGAGUCCCAUCUUCGACUCCGGUGGCCACUCCGUCAGAGUUCCAGAGUCUAAGAUUUUUCCAUUUUAUUCCAGAAAUGCGUCUUCCUUCGACUCAAGCCUGCCAGUUUUCAGAGGCGCCCCUGCUGCAACUUUAAAAAGCUUAAAGGUACAAGCAACCUCUAACCAAGAGGUUGAUAUUAUAGACAAAGAUACUGUGUUUGUUGCAGGAGCAACUGGUAGAGUAGGUUCACGUACUGUAAGGGAACUUCUAAAGCUAGGCUUUCGGGUUCGAGCAGGUGUUAGGAGUAGUCAGAGAGCUGAAGCACUUGUUCAAGGUGUUCAGCAAAUGAAGCUUGAUGGCAAGGAUGGAAAUCCUGAUGUACAACCUAUAAGAAAUCUUGAAAUUGUCACGUGUGAUUUGGAGAAUCAAGCGAGCAUAAUACCAGCAAUUGGCAAUGCCUCAGUAAUUAUUUGUAGCAUUGGAGCAAGCGAAAAGGAGGUUUUUGAUGUAACCGGACCGUAUCGCAUUGAUUAUAAAGCAACCAAGAAUCUAAUUAAAGCAGCAACCCUUGCAAAUGUUGAUCACUUCAUCUUGGUCACAUCUUUGGGUACAAACAAGAUUGGAUUUCCUGCUUCUUUUCUGAACUUGUUUUGGGGGGUUCUGCUAUGGAAGAGAAAGGCUGAAGUAGCUUUAAUUGCAAGUGGCCUUUCUUACACAAUAGUAAGGCCAGGAGGAAUGGAGCGACCUACAGACUCUUUCAAAGAAACUCACAACCUUGUUCUUGCAAAAGAAGAUACAUACUUCGGUGGUUUGGUCUCAAACCUGCAAGUCGCAGAACUCAUUGCGUUCAUGGCAAAAAAUAGGAGGCUUUCAUAUUUUAAGGUGGUGGAAGUAAUAGCAAAAAUAACUGCGCCUCUCAAGCCAAUGGAAGAGCUUCUUGGCAAGAUUCUACCACAAAGGGAAAUUCCAGGUCAAUUUGAGGUAGAUAGUAGGCCUGGUGUACAGUCCGACUCAACUGGUAUUGCAGAAGAGACCUUCAGUACAAAGACAGCGCCGAAGACAAGGCCACUCUCUCCUUAUUUUAUGUAUGAUGACUUCAAGCCUCCGACCUCUCCUACCCCAAGCAAAGCCAUAGCCAGCUCAAAGGUUACAAGAUCUGUUGAAACUGAACCAAAGCUUGAAUCAUCUGCUGAAAUCACAUUACCAUUGCCUGCAAAUGAAAUAACAGAGGGAGCAGCGCAGACAUCUCCUAACCACUGGCCUCAAUCUCCUUAUACUGCGUAGCAAUUCUCAUUAUUAGAAUUUAACAUCUGUACGAGGACUUGAAGCCACCUACCACACCUUUCCCUACUCCUAGCUCAGCCAAAGAAAAUCCCAAGGAUGGACCUGUGAAGUAGCAGCUAAGCUUGUAAAAUAUACGUUCGUUAUGGGAAAUAAUAUUUGGUCUGAUUUGGAUCGCCCGAAUCAGAUAGAGAAUUUGACUAGGAACAUGUUUUUUUAUGUGAGGGUCCAAGGGAAUUUUGGAUUGCGUUGCAUUGCUCUUUCUAAAUUCUAAUUUUCACAUAAUUACUGUGUUUUGAACUUU